UAAACUUUACAAUUGAUCAUGUUCAAAAAAUAACGUGAUAAGUUUUAAAAACCAAUUGAUUUUUAAAUUCAUAAAGUAUGGCUGUUGCUGUAUCAAAUAUUGAUAGCGCAAUUAUUAAAUACGAAAACUUCAUCAAUAACGUUUUAAAAGAAAGUCUUCGUUUGCAUGAUCAAUAUUUACAAAAAGUGAAUGAAGAAAUAUCAGAAUUAGUUCAAGAGAAACAUACACUAAAAGUGAUUACCGACGAGAAGCUUCAUCCGAAUGGUUUCAAAACUAAAGUAGACAUCGGAUGCAACUUUUUCAUGGAGGCCUUUGUUCCUGAUACAUCUAAACUAUUAAUGCACAUUGGUUUAAAACACUAUAUGGAAUUUACUGUAAGUGAAGCAAAUACCUACAUAGAUGCAAGAAUAAAGGUAUAUGAAGCCAAAGCCGAAGAAAUAAAGAAAAAAAUUUAUACAACUAAAGCACAUAUAAAGUUAAUGUUAUUUGGUGUCCAACAGUUGCUAAAUGCAAAAAAUGAAGGUGUCUGCUGAUCUCUGCGGUUAGAUGAAGGUAUCUAAAAUUGUAUUUGAUGCAACCUCUUAAGUGAUAUUUCAAGCUGCUAUAAAAUUUGGAUAUCACUUACUUUUGUAAUUUAAAAGAAAUU